AUACAUAUUUAUUUUCAAAUUUAAGUAUUAUUUUACUGGAAGAACAUUCUUUUUGACAUUAUUUUUUUCUUUCCGAUGAAGAAAAGAACAACCAUAUUUAAGUUAUUUUUUAAUCAGAAUUUUAUUUAGGAUGUCUGCAAAAUUAAAAAUUAAGGAAAAUCAAAAACAAAAAAAAAUUUAUAUAUAAAUUGUAUAAAAAAAAAAAAUUUCAUCAAAUAUACACCUAUAUUUUACUUUCAUAAACAGAAAAGUGAUCUAAUUGUUAAACAUAGUAGGGAUAAAUUCCUACGUAUAACCAAACUAUACGUACAUGUAAAUUGUGUUGGCGUUAAAAAAUAAGAUUUCACUGUUGCUUUCAUGCUUAAAAGAUUAUUAAAAUAUGCAGUUGUGUUAAUUUAUUAUAGAAAAAAAAAAGAGUUAAAAUUUAUAUUGAAAAACUUAAAUUUAUAGCUGAUUUAAAACCAAUAUACAAUAAGCUAACAUUUUUUUAGCCCAAAAAAAAAUGGUUGUUGACGAAGCAAAUAUGGCUAGUUCAUUACAUCCUUCUGGUGUUCCCCAAAAUCAAAUUGAUAACAUUAUGAGUGGUGUUAGUAAUACUGGAAAUGUUAAGAUGAACAAUCAUAGAAAAAAGUUACGACAAAGAUUCGAUAUUAUAAAAAAAUUAGGUCAAGGAACUUAUGGUAAAGUUCAGUUGGGUAUAAACAAAGAAACUGGUCAAGAAGUUGCAAUAAAAACGAUCAAAAAAUGUAAAAUUGAACAAGAAGCUGAUUUAAUUAGAAUUCGAAGAGAAGUUCAAAUUAUGAGUUCAGUUCAACAUCCAAAUAUUAUACAUAUAUAUGAGGUUUUUGAAAAUAGAGAAAAAAUGGUUUUAGUUAUGGAGUUUGCUGCAGGCGGUGAGCUAUACGAUUAUUUAUCUGAAAGAAAAGUUCUAACUGAAGAUGAAGCCAGACGAAUUUUCAGACAAAUAGCAACAGCUGUAUAUUACUGUCAUAAACAUAAAAUAUGUCACAGAGAUUUAAAAUUAGAAAAUAUAUUACUUGAUGAAAACGGAAAUGCCAAGAUCGCAGACUUUGGUCUUUCAAAUCUUUUUGAUAAUCAAAAAUGUUUAACAACAUUUUGUGGUUCACCACUUUAUGCCUCUCCCGAAAUUGUUAAGGGUACACCAUAUGAGGGUCCCGAAGUUGAUUGUUGGUCAUUAGGUGUUUUGUUAUAUACUUUAGUUUAUGGUUCAAUGCCAUUUGAUGGUUCAAAUUUUAAGAGAUUAGUAAAACAAAUCAGUCAAGGAGAUUAUUAUGAACCUAAAAAUCCUUCUAAAGCAUCCAGUUUAAUUAGGGAAAUGUUAACUGUUUCUCCGCAGCAACGAGCAAAUAUAGAACAAAUUUGUAAUCAUUGGUGGGUUAAUACUGGUUAUGAUGAAUCAUGUUUAGAAUUAGCUGAAGCAUUGGCAAAUCAAACUCCUGUAAGAUUGGAUGUUUUACUAUCAUUAUCUCCUACAAAUAUAACAGCAGAACAAUUAGUCGUACCUAGUGCAGAAUCUUCUAAAUCUUCUGAUAAAGUUAACAGAAGUCUUUCUGUUGGAAACGUUCCAGAAAUUGUGAACUCUGAAGCAGAGAGAAAAAUACUUGAAAUGGUUGCAACAUGUGGCGAAGAAGCUCUUAUGCCGUCACCAACUCGUACUAUACCUAACAUGACAGAAGUAUUGCAAACGAAACGUAAAUUAUCUUCAACAGUUUCAACAGAUCAAGUUAAUCAAAGUUUAACCAAGAAAGAAAAACCAUCUAAAGCAUCUAGUGUAUCUCUUAAUAAAGAAUAUUUAGAAACCGGAGAAGUAUUGGCUGAGGAAGAGCCUUGUCAAAUGGAAACCUCUGAUGCAAAUGUUGAAACAUCACAGAAAGUUGAAAACCAACAGGAAAAUGAUAAUUUGGAGAAUUCUAAUAUUCGAAACGAUUCAUUGUCGAAAACAAAUUCAGCCAAAAUCAUAAAGAAAUUUGUUAACAAGCACAAAACAGCGGACUUGGUUUCUGAAUUAUAUAAGAUUUCACCAGAAAAAUUGGAAAGCAGUAACAAUAGUACAUACGGCCCAAUGAGAAAAACAAGCUUACCUGAAUUAAAUAAUGAUAGACGAUUAUCAAAAACUUUAGAAGCUGCCGCGAAAUUUGAAAACAGUUUCAGAAAUAGUCAGAACAAAAUAGCGAUUAGACCGGAAUCAGACACACUGAGAAAGAUUGUAGAAAAUAAACAAAAUAUGAACGACUUUAUAAAUUCAAUAGAUAAAUUGAAAAUUGAAAGAACAGAUUCUCCAAAUGAAGUUAACAAAAAUAUAGAAUAUGAACCCGUAUUGCCAAAAUCAAACAUUGAAUCACCUCCACCUUUACCAAAAACUUCGUUCAGUCCUCAGAAUUCAUUAUCAAGUUUAUCAUUGUUAGAAGCGAAAAAAUCUAUGCAAAAUUCAAUUGCCUUAUUAAAUCAAGCAAAACAGGAGUCUGUAAGUUUAUCUAGCUCUACCGAUUUUGAAAACGAACGAGAAAGAAAAUUACGAAAUGCACGAGAAGUUAUCGGUAACGCUAUUUCUUCUCCAAAAAUGUCACCAGAAGUUCUAAUCCAUCAAGUUCCCAUAUGUGAUGAUAUAAAAACAUCAAAAGCAGAAAUAACACUCAAAUCAGCAACUCUUCCAAGACGAAAAACCGCUAAGGCAGAAAUACAAUUGAAAAUGCAAAAUCCACCACAACCUCCACUUAUGGAACAACCAAUGAUGUACGCAACUGAAAUGCAACAUCAGUUACCAGAUUUACGAAGUGCUCCUAUAAUGCAAUCCUUUAAUAGAAGCAAUUCAAUCAAUAAAUAUCUUGCAAGAGCUUCCAGUGUGGGGCCCGUAUCACCAUCAACUGAAUCCAAUCGCUAUCCAUUUUCCACGAAAAUGCAAAAUUCCAAGAAAUUAAUAACCACUCCAAGGUAUGAGUCCCAAUCAUCAAAUGAUUCAUCAGUAGGAAUAACCUCAGCAACUUCAUCAUCACAAGCCAUUAGAAAGAGUCCAAGGGAGUUCAUAAUUCCAAUAGCAAUGGAAGGCGGUGGUUACAUAACACCGAAGAAUCUUAGUAUGAGUGCAGCAAAUACAUCAAAAAGUAGUAUACAUUCUAAUACAAACAGCUUUAAUUCAGCUAUCAGUUCGCGACAUUUAAGGAAUUUCGAAUCACAAUUUUCCAAACCACAACCCCAAUAUAGCGAUUCACAAAGUUCAGGGGAAGAAGAUGAUGAUGAUGGCUUUGAAAUUUUAACAGCUGAGAAUCUAUUCUCAACACUCUUACAAAGGGUGCGAGCAUUAACUAAUCGACUGAACAUAAAUAAUGAAUUAACAAAUUAUCAAAACUCAAGAAUUUUAAGCAAUAUUAAACCUAGUAAUCAACUUAGUUGGACUAGAGAUCCAACUUCAAGGCUUCAUUCAUCAAUUGGAUCAUCACCUUGGAAAUAUAGUAUUUCAAGAAAUUUUGGGCCUGAAUUUGGAUCAAGCCUUAUGCGUCCAAGUGCAACAUCUUUAUCAGGCAGUGAAUAUCAUCAAAAAUAUAAAAAUAAAUUUGUUUAGGUGGUAUUGAAUAUGAUAAAAGAAAUUUUUAAAAAGAAAAACUUUAAAAUGGUUUGUUUGUUUGUGUUUUUUCUUAAUUAUUUUUAUUUAAUAUGUUCAUAUUCUCAAUAAAUAUUUAUGUAUUUCAUACAUAGAGUGAAACUCGAAAAA